UCCUGGGAUACGAAACAAACUGGAACCUUUAAACAAUUAACUUAGCAACCUCAGAACUAGUUGGCUACCAGUCGAAAAUCGGGUAAUAUAUUUGCGGAAACCAACGUUAUAUAACCAAACAGGACCAAAAUGAAUAUAAUAUCAACAGUUUGUUGGUGCAACAUUUGGGACAAGGACACCAUUGUGAAUGUGGGUCCCGAUGUCCUGUGCCAGCGGAAUGGCAACGCGAUGAAGUUUGUCCAUAUGCAGACGAAGGCAGUUACCUUUUUCAAGGCGGAGACGGUGUCCACGGGUCUAAGUAUCAGUUGUUUUGCUGGCCACAACCGUUUUCCGCUUUUCGCCUUUGCCGAGGUCGUCCUGAGGCCAAAUAUCUAUAUAUACCGCUAUCCGGAUAUGGCGAAGUUCAGCUCCAUACCCCCUCACAUGAUGAGCUAUACCGACAUCCGUUUUUCGGAGCUGGAUCUUCUGAUCGCUGUGGGCGGCUAUCCUGACUAUUGCCUCUGCGUUUUCAACUACCGCACUGGAACUUUGGUCCUGGAGCAAUUCACCAAUGUGCCUACCGUGGAACGCGGCAUUGUGAUUAGCUUCACAAGCCUGCCUUCCAUCAUUCAGUUGAACAAGCAGGACAUGACCAUCAUAUGCUACGAAAUCUGCACCGUUGAAAAGGAGUCCUUCCUGUACAAGGUGGCUGAGGUGGAGCUGGGCAAGAAGUUCCUGAAGUCCUGCAAUCGAUGCCUAAGCUUCGGCGAGGAUAACACCCUGUACGCCACCAACGACUUUGGUCAUCUGCUAUCAGUGGACGUGGCCUGUUUUGCCCUAAAGCCACAAUGGCAGCACACACCCGAAUCCGAUUCUGUGACCGAAAUGGAAAAAAUGCCCCGCUCACACGGCCUUACCUAUCACAAGUCCGGAUUUCUCAUCUGGAACAGCACGACCGCAUAUUAUGUGAAGAAAAAGGCGGGUGUCUUCAAGCUCGAGUGGGAAUUCGAAGGACGGUUAAACGAGGUGGUCCGCUUUCUGAGCAACAACAAUGGCGAAAUCUACGCCGAGCGCCGCCCUGGACACAUUGACCAGGUGGUUGUGGACCGCAAUGGGGCAGUAUCGCUAGAACCCGUGGUGCCCACGGGAAAACCGGUGAUUACCUUUCGAGUGGUGCAGGGGCUCAAGGACGAGUGCGUUUGCGUGUUGCACGAUGAAGGAGUGGCCAUGAUGGACCUGGCGAAAGGUAACACCCUGUGCGAAGUGUCCGUUCCGGGCGCAACGGCCAUGUGCAACCAUCGCAGCUUGGCCCUUGUGGUCGUGGGCACUUUGGAUGCCAGCAUCGUUUUGAUCCACUUCGAGAGGGCCAGCUUGCCGCAUGUUCUGUGCGAUCUUAAAAUGGAGACAGCAGCGGUGGUGGGGCUAGAGUUCAACGACAGCUGGGUGGUGUUUCAGGAUCAGAUGAAGGUGCUGCACGUUGUUCAGGUGGACAACAGGCCGCACAAGUUAACGCAUUACUUUGAGAUGAACCCGCCGGAACUGUCACAAGUUUUUAUACACACCUUCUUGCUGGCCGACGGACCCCGUUUGAUGGUCUUCAUCAAUCGGGAUCAUAGCAUGAAGCGUCCUGGCUUCGCCACCGAACUCUGGCUCUACAAUUGGGGCAAGGACAAGCGGCUUCAUAGGCGAGAAUAUAUCCUGCCGAAGCAAUACGGCUUCUUUUGUGUCCAGCCGCCUGUAGGCAGAUGGGCACUGAUCGAGAUUGUGGCCACCGAGUACAACAACUUGAACUUUGACCAGUUCGCGUUGAACGAGAAGGAUGAACUGCAGUGGAUCGCCUCCACCAAGUCGGGGCACUUCAGCUAUAUUCUCGGUGCCGGCAUGACCAAACAUUUGGUCACCUGGAGUCUUGGCGGUAUCCUUGUUCACUUCAAGCAGCACAAGCGGGCCAAGAAACCGUUUAUGAUCUGCAGAUUUCUUAACUUGGGCAUGCAAACAGAGUACAUACUGCGAGUGAAGGAAUGUUUUAAUUCGAAAUACCUCAUUAUCCUUUUGGCCAACAAGAGCAUGCGAGUAAUGCGUCUGCCUUCUCUGGCGGACUUUGUUCGUGAAAACGUGGCCUUACCAUUGCCCACGGAGGAGGGCAUUCCCUGUUUCGUGGAGCAGAUAGUCCACAAGGUGGAUAUGUUCGUGCCACUGAGUCAGCGGCAGGAAGUUAAAGAGGAGUACACCCGGGCGGAUUUAGCAAAGCGCGAAAAGCUGUUUAACAGCAUCAAGGACUUUGCCGCCAAGGUGACGGCGCUAAUCGACUACGAUAUUUCUAAGACGGGCAAAACCCAAGGCAUCUUUAAGAAGUUCUGCUUCCACUAUCGCUGGCUGGAUGCUCUCACGGAGGAGGCCCAUAAGCUGUGUGCCUUGGAACGAGAAUCGCUGGAACGGGCCAUUGCAGAUCAGUCAAGGAUUCGUGACUGGAUCCUACGCCUGGUAACCCGCGAUGCGGUGAGCAUUAACUAUCGUGUUCGCUCCAUUUUCGCAGAUGCCAACUUCGAGAGCUUCUCCGUGCGGAGGAAAAUUGAAAUGUCAGAGUUCGAUAAGUACCGAUUCUACGACCUGGAGGACCAUUUACGCCUCUCCCUAGGCUCAUUCGAGGAGGAGGAACCGCCUGCUCCGGCCGCUGGCGGUCAUGGUCCGCCUGCUGCCAUCGAAGAUGGCGAGGUUGGCGAGGAGGAGACCGUAGAAGUUGCUCAAGGAUUGCGCGAGCUCAAGCCAUUUGUGGUGGAGGGACCCAGUAUCUACGAGCACAUAAUGGCACCUGUUUUUCAGUUGCAGGACAAGAACCUGGUGACCUCGAACCAGUUGUUUAACUAUAACUGCAAAAUACGAUUCUAUCUAAAUGAUCCGCUCAAACAGGAGUUCAACAAACUCUUCCACGAGGCUCAGCAACUCAAGCAGGACACCAUCGACAGCGUGAUGAACACUAACGUGGUGCUCAACAAGAUCUACGACAAUAUGAACAUUAUGCUGCGUCUGCUCAAUAUGGAUCAGUUCAAGCCACCUGAACUCACGGUCCCAUCGCUGGCAAAGGAUGAGGUAAUCAAGCAGAUCAUGGAGGUGGACGACUCCGAGGUUAAGGCAAUAAACCGCCGAAAGCCAAAGACAAUCGACACUGGUGGCAAGAAGGGAAGACUGCUUCUUUGGAGCAAAGAGUUUUGGGCUCGGGCUCUCAUAGUGAUGAUGGACGGGGUGCUGGAGAAACUGUGGGAAGAGGAGAUCAAGAAGGACAUCCCAGAGCCGGAGUUCAUGCAAAAGAAGCAGCCACAUGAGUUUAAUCUCGAGGAGCAGAAGAUCUUUCGCGCCUACGAGGAGGCAGUUCAUCUAUUGGAACUGGACCGUCGCAAGUACCUUCGAAUCCUGCAUGAGAACGAAGAGAAAACGUUGGCUCUCAAAGCCGCCCAGAUUUUAAAGCUCAACCAGCGCGUUGCUGAACUGAUGAUCCUGAAACUGAAAUAUGACUUUGCCCUCAAACAGGGGCAAUUGCGCAUGCUCACCCUCGAAAAGAUCAAUUUCGGAAGGGUUCAAAUGCGCAAACGCUACACCAUGUUCCGCAAGGACAUCGACAAGUUGAACGACUAUAUGACGCGGUAUAGCAACCUACUCGAUUUCUAUGACAAGGCUUUUCUAGAUGUGAAAACGCGACUGGAGGCUCAGCAGACCCGUGAUCGAGCCGUCGAACGGCAGUUUCGAAGUCAAUUCUUACCUUUAGUUCCACAUGCCACCCACGAGAUGACAAAGCUCUUCAAGAAGCGACCCAAACUGCCCGGUAAGGUCUUCAACUCGGUACUCAUCUGCAUGGAGGCCUCGAACAAGCUGAGCGGAAAGCCCAGUCAUCGUACUCCCUUCCCUCUGCCCGACGAUGUCCUGGAGUUCCUUAACUAUCUCGCCGAGUUCGAUCAACCAAAACAGUGUCCGCCGAAUGUGGAUCCCAAGUCUUGGGACGCCUUCGUCAAGUUGCGUCGCCAGAAGACUGAGAGCGAGUUACGACUGAAGGGUAUUGGCUACCAGCUGCUCGACAGCCAAGCCCUCCUGGGUGUCCUUAACAAGGACCUAACAGCGCUCAAGGAGUCCAAGAUCCUGACUCAACGUAAUUCCGAAGAGAGCAUCCAAACAUACCUAGAAAAGAUGAGAAACAUGACCAUCCAGUUGACCCUCACAAUGGGUCAAGUUGAGGUCUCGGUUAUGGGCCAGUUCACAAAGCUCUCCAACACAGUUCUCAUGCAUGUGGAUGACAUCAACGAUGUGAAUCGCCAAAUUCAGGAAGCUGGAAAUAAGAAGAUUAAAGCCAUGCAAAGAGUGGCAGUAUUUAGACGUCAGGUCAUCUUCAAGGAAUGGGAACACAAGCUGUACAAGGCCAAUAUAGCGUAUCUGAAGUACAUGCUGGAUGCCAUCGAGAAAUGCAAGGUUUCAAUGGAGUUCCUUAACAUCCUUCGCAAUUGGGAAAAGGUUAAGACAGAACGUCAGAAGUAUAUAGCCGGAGCUAUCGAACGAGUGAUCGAACAAAAGAUAGCAGUAUUCAAGAAAAACAUCGAUCGUGUCAACAUCAAAAUCGAUGCGGUGAAAGCACAGACCUUGGAAAUAAAGCGCAGCAAUCACGCCAUCGAUUUUAAAAUCGAGCGUAUCAAGGUGGACGUCACUUUCCAAAACACUUUGCGCGAUACGAUGAUGGAGGACAAGCGGGAUCGCGAGCAGCGCGAGCGAAUGUCGCAGAUUAAGACCCAUCGGCAGCUCAUGGAGAAUGUCCGCCGCAACUACGCCCAUGUGCUGGAACUGCAGACGAUUCUGGAGCUGCUCCGUCUGCGAACCUACCCCACGUUGGGGCCACCCCUGCCCCAAUGUCAUCCGCCAGUGCCGGAGCACAUCCUCAGUUCGGUGCCCUAGGAGAACUUUAACCCGACCAACCAACAGACCAGUCCGUGGGACUACAUUUUAGCCACUUGGCGAAAUUGCAAUUAAAUAUUUUCAUUCCGCCAAAUGAAAA